CAAGCAGGAUGAGGCGGGCGGCCUGUCGAUAUACAAAGGCCCAAUGUCCACGAACAAUCAAGGACCUCGGUACUUCCCUUUCGGGUAUCGCCGGGCCCGACCCGAGGACUGCGUCUGGAUCAUCCCUGUGCUUAAUUUCGGGCAAUGUGAAGCCGAUUGCAUCAUUCGACCUCUGCAGCGAAUGAAGAAAACCGUUCCGAUCCAAACACUGUUCGAGGCGUGGGGAGUGACGAUUGAAGAAGAACGAAGAUGGCAGGGAGGCUGAUUAUUACCGGGGUCGGCUUUCUGUCCGAACGGGAUCCCCGCAUUUGCUCCCUUCUCCAGCUUCUCCUCCUCGGCUGCUUCUUCUCUCCUCCCUCUGCUUCCGACUCGCCUUACUGCUUUCUUUCGUCUUUUCAACUUCCUUCAAUUCAUUGACAAUUUGCUUUGAUCUCCUCCUCUCCAGUUCAACACACGACCCCGCAUUAUGGUCUCCGCCGUCCGCGUCGCCCCCUCGGCCGCCAGCAGAGCUCGCAACCUGCUGCGCACCGUCCAAUACACUCAUCCUCCUUCAUGUCCCUGUCAUUCAAAUCCCAACCACCAUCAUCACCACCGCUCUCCCACACUCGCCGACCAUGUGCGCCGCCAUAUGGCCACCCCCACGGACCCCUCUCGUCGGAAAGAAUACGCCUUCGAAAUGGCCGCUUCUAGCAUCCGCUUUGGCCCUGGAGCGACAAAGGAGGUCGGCAUGGAUUUUGCCAACAUGAAAGCGAAGCGAGUAUGCAUUGUGACCGACGAAAAUGUGUUAAAGUUGGAUGCCAUGAAACAAGCGGUGGAAGGCCUGACACGGGAGGGGAUUGAGUUCACCGUCUUCGACAAGGUCCGCGUGGAACCCAAGGAUAGCUCUGUCAAGGAAGCAAUCGAAUUUGCCAAACCAUACAAUCCCGACGCUUUCCUCGCCGUAGGCGGUGGAUCGGUUAUUGACACCGCCAAACUCAUGAACCUCUACACCGUCUUUCCGGACGCCGACUUUCUCGACUUUGUCAAUGCCCCGCUGGGUAAGGGGCUGCCGGUUGACCGGCCAUUGAAGCCAUUGGUGGCUGUGCCGACCACCGCAGGUACCGGCUCGGAGACCACAGGCACUGCCAUCUUUGAUCUGGUAUCCAAGAAGGCCAAGACCGGCAUUGCGCACCGGAAUCUAAAGCCGACGCUGGGCAUCUGCGAUCCGAUCAACACGCGCACCAUGCCCUCGGCAGUUCAUGCUUCCUCCGGUCUGGAUGUGCUCUGCCAUUCGCUGGAGUCGUGGACGGCGAUUCCCUACAACGAACGGACACCUCGUCCGACUAAUCCGAUAAACCGCCCCGCAUAUCAGGGUGCGAACCCUAUUUCCGACAUCUUCUCCCUGCAGGCACUGAAGAGCACCGUCAAGUACCUUCCCAGGGCUGUCAGGGACCCCGAUGAUUUUGAGGCGCAGUCACAGAUGCUUUUGGCCGCCACCCUGGCUGGUGUUGGCUUUGGUAACGCAGGCGUCCAUCUCUGCCACGGCAUGAGCUAUCCGAUCUCCAGCCAGAACCCGGGAUAUAAGCAUGCAGGCUACGCAGUGGACCACCCAAUCAUUCCACACGGUGUGUCAGUGGCAGUGACUGCACCGGCCGUCUUCCGAUUCACCGCUGCCUCCAACCCGGACCGACAUUUGGCGGCCGCGGAGGCAUUCGGGGUGGAUAUCUCGAACGUGAAGCGGGAGAGCGCGGGCGAGGUCUUGGGAGAGGCGCUGGCCAACUUCCUGGUUAGGCUUGGCGACCAGCCCCGAGGCCUGAAGGAUCUGGGCUUCAAGGCGGGGGAUAUUGACUCCCUGGUGGAGGGCACAAUCCCACAGCAGCGGGUGUUAUCGCUUGCGCCGACGUUGAGCGGGGAGCUCGAGGCUGAGAAGGCUGAGUUGCGGGGGUUACUGGAGGAAUCCCUGGAAUAUUAGCGUGUAUAUAACGACUAGUUUGAAAUUGCAUGACAUUUAAGAUGAUGGUCGCCGUGCCAAGUGGACUAGUGUGCACCUUCCCUGACAGCAUCCCC